UAGGCGGAGCCCGGCGAGCCUCCCGGGCUGAGAAAUUGGAAGGAGCGAAGUUGCGAACGCUCCGAGGAGUGAGUAAAGCGCCGCGCUCGGAGGAAGUAGCGGCACAUGAUUGGAGCGGGAAGAGGGGCUGAGUUGGGGCAUCCUCGGCAUCCCCCGGGUGAUCUUCGGGCCCCCGGCUUCCCCAGCUCUUCUCCUAUGGGGAGACGCGAGUGAGAUGUAUCGCUCUGGCGUCCGCUACCAACGCCACCGCCGCGCUGUGAUCGGAGCGCCGGAGAGGACGGAUGAAAUAGUGGCGGAGUCGCCGGAGUCGCCUCCUGCAGCCGACCGGAGGACCCGGGGAAACCGGCGGGCGAUCGGGUCCCGCGAAACUUUCGGAUCGGGGUGGCUUCGCGAAGCCCCGGGACGAAGAAGAAAUCUAUGGGACUUGUUGGUCUGCUCGCAGAUAGAUAGAUGUCCUCGCUCCGGGAUCUGAAAAAGGCAGGCAAACGGCUACUUUUAUCAGAAGACGUGCGGGAAGCCCUAACUGUGGCCAAAAGGGGUCCGAGUUUUAAACUGAAGAACAGAAGGUCAGACAACCCCCAAAAUCAGGGCGGAAAACCCACCCGCAAGUCUCUCUAUCUUCCUGACCUGCAGAAUUAUUUCUGAGGCAUUGGGGCUCCUGUCUUCUCCCCACCGUUCUGAAAUAAGAAUAACUCCCCAACUCCUUUUCCAUCUCUUCUCUUCCUCCCUCUGAAAUGUAGGGUUUUUUUUUCUUUCCCUUAUGUUGGCUGCCUUCUUGUUUCCCUUCCUCUCCGAACUGAACUUUAGCACUCUUGACCCUCCUAGUUUAUCCACGUCGCUUUCUUGCUUUUUCUUCUCGGGUUUUUUUUGCCAUGGCAUUGAACUCCACCAUGAUCCCCGCUACCAACGGCUCCUCUAAUGGGACAGGUGGGCUGCCUGAGAACAGCAAGCCCCUGACCAUCCCCAUGGUCAUGUUCAUUUUCGGAGUGGUGGGGAACCUCGUGGCCAUCGUGGUUCUUUGCAAGUCCAGGAAGGAGCAGAAGGAGACAACCUUCUACACGCUGGUCUGUGGAUUGGCUGUCACCGACCUCUUGGGGACUUGCCUGGUCAGUCCGGUGACUAUUGCUACAUAUCUGAAACAGGAAUGGCCUGGUGGCCAACCCCUAUGUGAAUACAGCAGCUUCAUCCUCCUCUUUUUUGGCCUGUCCGGACUCAGCAUCAUUUGCGCCAUGUCCAUAGAGAGGUACCUGGCCAUCAAUCAUGCCUACUUCUACAGCCAUUACGUGGAUAAGAAACUGGCGGCGCUCACUCUUUUCGCAAUCUACGUUUCCAAUGUCCUCUUCUGUGCCAUGCCAAACAUGGGUUUAGGGAAGACAAAGCUCCAGUACCCGUACACCUGGUGCUUCAUAGACUGGCAGACAAACAUAUCCAGCCAUGCUGCUUUCUCCUACAUGUAUGCCGGCUUCAGCUCCUUCCUCAUUAUGGUCACGGUGGUAUCCAACAUCUUGGUGUGCAUGGCCCUGAUCCGCAUGCACAGGCAAUUUAUGCGUCGAACUUCCCUGGGGACAGACCACGCCACUAACCGCGUGUCAGACUUUCGCCGGCGCAGGAGCUUCCGGCGCAUGGCCGGUGCAGAAAUCCAGAUGGUCAUCUUGCUCAUUGCCACUUCCUUGGUCGUAGUGAUUUGUUCCAUUCCUCUAGUGGUCCGGGUCUUUGUGAAUCAACUGUACCGUCCAGCUAUAAUAACAGAAAUCCAACAGAACCCAGAUUUGCAAGCUAUCCGUAUAGCUUCGGUGAACCCCAUCUUGGAUCCAUGGGUCUACAUUCUGUUGCGCAAGACAGUCUUGAGCAAAGCCAUUGAGAAGGUCAAGUGUCUUUUCUGCCGCAUUGGUGGGGCCCGGAGACAGCACGCAGGUAACAACUGCCACCGGAACUCCUCUGUCACAGCCAGCCAUUCGCCCUCCUUCAUCUCCCGAGAGCUGAGGGAGAUCAGUAGCACUUCACAGACUCUGCUCUACCCACUGGAGCCAAGUGAAAGGACGGUCAGCGACCGAAUGCUGUUACCAGGAACCAGCAGCUGCCUGGCUCAGUCGGAUACUACAUCUAUAAGGACCUUAAGGAGUUCAAAAACCUCAGAGUCCUCUCAGGGGCAAGAGUGUGAGAAUGCCUUUUUGGUGACUGAACUGAAGCCUAGUGAUAGAAGCACUCCGAAAGGCAGCUCCCUUCAAGUCACUUUUCCCAGCGAAACUCUGGACUUGUCGGAGAAGUGCAUCUAAGCAGUGGGAAGAAGUUAAGAGACAAUUUGGUCCUUAAGUAAAGCGGGGAGGAACUGACACAAUAGACAUGUCAAAUGCCCAUCUUUGCCGUCCAUUGUUGACCUAGCUAAGGCAUACACCUGAAGCUUAUCUGGAUUUCCCCGUCCUAAGCUUGAGGUUGAAAUAGCCAUUUAAGGCAAGAUAGACUUGGAAAUGUGCAUCAGGCAGGAAUCCAUGGGAGACGUUGAACUAGUCACCAUCAGAGUUUAAGCAUCUCGAUUUGCACCUCCCUCAACGUUGGUUCCAAGGUGCAGCUGCUGGAGCUUUCCUGUUAUGUGAUAAGCACACGUUUCUGCAGGGAUUUAUUACCCCUAGAGAUUCAUCCUCUGCCAUCAAACCCCGCCAAAGCAACAGAGGAAUGUAAUGGUGUCUGAAGCACAGGCUGAUGCUUGUUGCCUUACCUUGCCCUGGGAGAUAGGACUGUUUUCACAAAGUUUGUGUUGGAAAAAGUCACCAAUCUUCUCCAUCUGAACAUGGCAGAAGCAUACUUAUUCCACUCCAAACUCCCCUCUUGGCUUCAUAGUUCAGAGAGAUUUAAUUAUAAGAUAGUUGCCAAUGGAGGAAGAAACUGGUCCAGUUGUUAUGGAACGGAAAAAUCUCUCUAUUGUGUGAAAAAAAUGUGAAUUUUUCCGGCUGAAAUGUUGUGACUGACUGUAUUUAAGGAAUGUAUAUUCUUCUCUGUGAGAAGGUUAAUUAUUAAUAUAAAGUAUAGGAAAAAAAGGUAAUAUGGUCAGGUCCUCUUUUCUUAAUGUAUGUGGUUAGCAUUAGAUUUUUUUUAAAAUUUGCAGACUCAAGAGGCCAGACUAGAGCUGAUUGAUAAGACAAGAGCUGAGGAAUCUAGAAUGACAUGGGAAAACGUUUCGAUGCCACUAUAGGAAUAAUAAAAGCUUUAUGUUUUUAAAAUGCUUCUCAUAUUUUCUUAAGUCUCCUUUUGAGUGGAGCUUGACUCUUUAUGACUUCAUGGAGAGAGCUAUGGAAAUGCACAUCCUUAAAAAGAAAUAAAAAUGACUGUAUGUGCUGUGAAUUUCCCUUCAAAAUGCAAGUCGUUCCUAGCUAAGCUAAUAAUGCAGUUCUGUUAACAUCUGGUGUGCAUGGAUGCCACACUGAGGCUUUACUUAGAAGUACAUUCCACAAUUACCGUAACAAUUCUUGCUGAUUUAGGCACUUCUUCACAUGUGUGCAAGUCAAAAAACAUGCAUCCAUAGUCAACAUCCUCUCUGCCUAAUUCUAAAUGUGUUUGCUCAGAGAUAUUUCAGAAAUUAGUUCAAGAAAGCAUCCUAAAAGACCAUAAUCUAAGGGUUACCUUAGAUUAAGGUAACUUAACUUUACAGCCUCUGCUGUUUGUGUACUUAUGGCAACCCCAGUCCAUUACGAAUGUUAACACAUAUUCAAAUGAGUAUAACAUCACGCUUUGCUUUAUCAGUGUCCAUAUAGGAAUUGGCAGCUGUACAAUACAUGGCAUUACCAUUCUUAUAAACAUCCUGUUGAAAAUUUUUUCUUAUCUGCUAUACAGUCCACUCUAUUUAUAUGACGAUAUGAUUGCCAAAUGCUUACGUGAGCAAUAUUUUUCCAUUUAUGUUGGUUACGGUUGCAACCAGUCUGCCCCAGCCUGUAUGGAACUGAUAAAAGAUUUGCAAACAGCCAAGCUUCAUUGGCUUAGAAUUCUGGGGGUCAUAUAUCCGAGGCAUCUGGAGGUGGGAUUGCUAUAGAAGAAAUGGAGAAAUGCAGGAAACUCCAAACAUGUUUAUUGUACACAGCGAUGUGCGAGGUAUUCUAGAGAUGGUUGUUGAUCGUUUGUGAUUCGGAAUGCAUGUUGCAAUUAUCCAUUUUCAGUUGUAAUGAAUUUGGAGCAUGAGAAAAAUACCACACUGUUGUUUUUGUGGCCUUUCAGUUAUUUCUGACAUUUGUUACAGGAAAUAUUGUAGUUUGCACUAAUGCUUUUGGAAUAAAGAGAGACUAUGUUUUUAAAAAACCAAUUUAAUUGAUUUGGGCUCUAGAACUGAAAGAAAAAGCAACUACUGUGGUGUGGUCUAUUUAUUAAAAACAAUGACAGGUAAGAUUAGGAAAAACAUUAGCCUUAAAGUUUCUCUCCAUUAAAAAAAAAAUCUCUAAAGCCACUGGAAAUUUAUGUUUUCAAAUGCUAUGUUCAAAGGAUUAGAUUUUUGUGUUCCAGUAUUAUUAUUCUGUAUUGAUGUUCAAGGUCUGGUUUUUGUCAAGGAAAAAGCACAUUGUGUUGCUUAUUGUGGUUUUCAUGUAAAUUGCUUUCUAUUGGAAUCAGAAUUUUGAGCCUGAAUUUCAGAGACGGCUUAUGAAGCUGGCUCUCCUGGCACAAACCUUUUUUGGAAAUCAUUA